AGGGCAAGGCAGCGUACUUGUGCCCAGAACUUGUGGGGACUCCUUCAGGAACGUUGGAGAAGCAUUCCAGGUGGCUACCUCUGGAAACUGGUUGAAAGAAUGCUAAGAGUCUACAAUGCUGUCAUCAAAGCAAAAGGGGCUAUUUGGAAGAAUCUAAAAAUUAAGCAUAAAGAUGCAGAUCUUUGUGAAGACUUUGACUGGCAAGACCAUCACCCUGGAGGUGGAGCCUAGUGAUACCAUUGAAAAUGUCAAAGCCAAAAUUCAGGAUAAAGAAGGCAUUCCCCCUGACCAACAGCGGCUUAUCUUUGCUGGAAAGCAGCUGGAAGAUGGCCGCACCCUCUCUGACUACAACAUCCAAAAGGAAUCCACUCUCCAUCUUGUCCUGCGUCUCAGAGGAGGUAUGCAGAUUUUUGUAAAAACCUUGACUGGCAAGACCAUCACCCUGGAGGUGGAGCCCAGUGACACUAUUGAGAAUGUGAAGGCCAAAAUUCAGGACAAAGAAGGCAUUCCCCCUGACCAACAGCGGCUUAUCUUUGCUGGAAAGCAGCUGGAAGAUGGCCGCACGCUUUCAGACUACAACAUUCAGAAGGAGUCCACUCUCCAUCUUGUACUCCGUCUUCGUGGGGGCAACUGAUCUGUUAAUUUUUGCUGUUUAAAUCUUAAAUGUCUGACAUUCCAUAUACCUGUUGAUACAGAUGUUUAAUAAAUUUAAAGCAUUCAUGAA